GACCUUAUCGGACAGGCCUAGCCCGGCAAUACCAAGGUAAAUGCCGGCACUGCGGCUCCAAGGGAAGAGUAACUUAGAGUCUGCGCCUAGAUUUGGACUAGUCACCCUCCUAACCCAUCCCGAACUGACAAAGGGACCUGGUGACUUUGGGAUUUCCGGGCCUCAGAACUCCACCCCCAGAACCUAUAGCAGUACCCCCGCGUUGGGCCUGGGGGCGCUUCCUAGAUGCCUGAGGACGCGGGGCGAUGUGCUAGAAAGGUGAAGGCCCAGGGUACCUCUUUCUAGGGUUGAUGAUCCGUACUGGUCCCUCGAUCGCCCCUCCCCCACGCCCUGUCGCCCAUUAGCUCGGGCUGGAGCUGUACGGAUCCCGGAUCCCUGGGGUUCGAAGUCAGGGUUGGUGCAAAGGAAGGUGCUCUCCCUCCCCCCGCCCAGUCUAAGUAGCAGGCAACCUCCCUUCUUCUUUGGUUGUUGCUCGGACGUCCUUGUCUCGGGGCGGCUAAAGCUGUCAAAGACCUGCGAGCCAAGCGCUGCUAAGCACCUCCAUCCAGCAUCCCUAAUCCUUUCACGUACCCUUUCGGGUGUUAGGAAGAUUGCCGCUGGAGAGGCUAAGUAACUUGCCCUCGGUCGCAGAACUUAAAUGGCAGAACUUAAGGUUCGCACCAGGCCUCCCUGGAUCUAAAGCUCUUUGCUUAAGUCCCAUCACCUUUCUCAAACCUUAACCUAAGAGAGGACAGGCGCUGGGGACCACAGUCAUUUUUUUGCCCAGCGGUGCCCACACGUGCUGCCACCCCGCCUCGGCUGCCCUGGUGCCGACACAUCGGUCGGGCCUGUUCAAACAGCGAGACUGGGGCCCUCUGCCGAUCCAUCUCGCUGCUCUUCUUUUCCGCUUUCUCCGGCCCUUUUCCAGGGACAGACAGGCGGCGCGCGUCAUCGCCAAGGCUGCUGGGCGGGUGGGUGGAGUUUGCUGCGCGGCGACGGUGGCUGUAGCGAGUGGGUCCCCCCAAGACUCUGGGGCGGGGCUGCGGGGAGGGCGCGGACGGACAGACGGACCUCGCCGGGAUGGGGGGUGUGGCCGCUCUUCCAGGGCCCUGCCGGUGGGUCAGCGGCACAGCGACCACCAGUGCCCGGGGCCCCUCCGCCUUCUGCUAGAGAUGCUCUUCCUCUCGUUUCAUGCAGGCUCUUGGGAAAGCUGGUGCUGCUGCUGCUGCCUGAUUCCAGCCGACAGACCUUGGGACCGGGGCCGGCGCUGGAGGCUGGAGAUGGCGGACACGAGAUCCGUGCAUGAAACCCGGUUUGAGGCGGCGGUGAAGGUGAUCCAGAGUUUGCCGAAAAACGGUUCAUUCCAGCCAACAAAUGAAAUGAUGCUCAAGUUCUAUAGCUUUUAUAAGCAGGCAACUGAAGGACCCUGUAAACUAUCAAGGCCUGGAUUCUGGGAUCCUAUUGGAAGAUACAAAUGGGAUGCUUGGAGUUCAUUGGGUGAUAUGACCAAAGAGGAAGCCAUGAUUGCAUACGUUGAAGAAAUGAAAAAGAUUCUUGAAACUAUGCCAAUGACUGAAAAAGUUGAAGAAUUGCUACAUGUCAUUGGUCCGUUUUAUGAAAUUGUAGAAGACAAAAAGGGUGGCAGAAGUUCUGAUUUAGCCUCAGUCCGAGUGGAGAAAAUCUCUAAAUACCUAGAAGAUCUUGGUAAUGUUCUAACUUCUACACCAAAUGCCAAAACUCUUAAUGGUAAAGCUGAAAGCAGCGAUAGUGGAGCUGAAUCUGAGGAAGAAGAGGCCCAGGAAGGCGUGAAAGGAGCAGAACAAAGUGAUAACGAUAAGAAAAUGAUGAAGAAAUCUGCAGACCAUAAGAACUUGGAAAUUGUUGUCACUAAUGGCUAUGAAAAAGACAGCUUUGUUCAGGGUGUACAGAACGACAUUCAUGCCAGUCCUUCCCUGAAUGGCAGAGGCACUGAGACAGUAAAAUCUGUAGAUCAAAACUUGGAGCAAACUGAAAAGACUGCUGUCUGCGUUCACCAAGAUGUAAAUGAUGAUCAUGUUGAAGAUGUUUCAGCAAUUCAGCAUUUGACGAGUGAUUCAGACAGUGAAGUUUACUGUGAUUCCAUGGAGCAAUUUGGACAAGAAGAGUCUUUAGAUAGCUUUACGUCAAACAAUGGACCAUUUCGCUAUUACUUGGGUGGUAAUCCCAGUCAGCCCUUGGAAAGUUCUGGUUUUCCUGAAGAUGUUCAAGUAUCUCCUGGGAAUGGCAACAGUGGGGACACACAGGCGGCAGCAGUGGAAGGCAAAGGUGAAGUAAAGCACGGAGGAGAGGAUGGCGGGAGUAACAGUGGAGCGCCGCACCGAGAGAAACGGGCUGGAGAAAGUGAGGAAUUCUCUAACGUCAGGAGAGGGAGAGGGCACAGGAUGCAACAUUUGAGUGAAGGAAACAAAGGUCGGCAAGUGGGAAGUGGAGGUGAUGGGGAACGCUGGGGUUCAGACAGAGGGUCGAGGGGCAGCCUCAACGAGCAGAUCGCUCUCGUGCUCAUGCGCCUGCAGGAGGACAUGCAGAAUGUCCUUCAGAGACUCCACAAACUGGAGACGCUGACGGCAUCGCAGGCAAAAUCAUCAGCAUUACAGACCAGUAAUCAGCCGCCUUCACCGAGACCAUCUUGGUGGCCCUUCGAGAUGUCUCCUGGUGCACUAAUCUUUGCUAUCAUAUGGCCUUUUAUUGCCCAGUGGUUAGUGCAUUUAUAUUACCAAAGAAGGAGAAGAAAAUUGAACUGAAGAAAAUAAUUUACUGAAGAAGACUACUGGGCCUGGAUGACCUCGGGAUGAAAUGGAUUGUGGAGCUCACACGAAACUCCUAGUUUGUGAUGAUUACAUUUCUUUUUGUUGUCCAGUAGUUUGGUUUGUGUACAUAUAUACAUAUAUAUAUUUUGCACUACACAAAUGAUAACAUUUUAAGGACUAAUAUUGCUGAUACUUGAAUAAUCAAUCUCAACUAGGUUAUAAGUAACAGACUUAGAUUUACCCUACCCUUGAACUUGAAGGACAUUAAAUUAUUAAUUAUUGUUUGGUAACAUGUUUACCUGAUUAUCUCCCAUAGAGAAAUAUAAGCUGCUUUUCCAAGGUACAGUUGUGAUAAUAAGAACAGAUUUAUAACUGGGUAUUUUUAAUUUUCUAAAUUAAUUAUGAGAAAGUAUGCAAACCAGGAGUGAAUUUCAAAUGAGAUGAAAUCGACUUUCUUUCUUAGUCACUGAACCACCAUGCGAUUCAGUAGAAAACGACUGGAAGAAUCUUCUCCACGUCCACUUUGUGGGCUGCCCAUAAUCUUCCUUGGGCAUGUGCAGCUCUAACUUUAGUAUUCAGGCAUCAUUAUGACAAAGUAGAGCCCUAUGUACUAGGCUUUGGUUUUACAAAUGAUUCACAGAAUAGACAUAACCCGCUAAUGGAAAUGAUGAAGAACGGGCUUAACGUGUUCUGAACCUGUGGAUCAUUAAUAAGAUUUGUAUUCAAUCAUAUACAUGGAUUACUUUGUAAUACUUUUCCUUUAACUGAGGACAUCUUGUUUCUGCUUCAUAGGGUGCUUUGAAAUAUAAAAUGAAAACUUAUUUAUACUCUUUUUACAAAGGUCAAAGAGGAAACACAGGAAAAUCACUUUUCUGCAACUGGUAAACCACACAGACCGGACUCUUAACCUCUUAGUGCCUCAGUUUUUCCUUCGGGGUAUAAUAUUGGAGAUACACCUAUUUCACAAGGGGUAUUGGAGAGAUCUGCAAGCUAGCAGGCCAUAUGCUUCCAUUUGAAUAAGACAUACCCAACUAAUGUAAAUUUGUGUCUCUCCUCCACCUCCCACAUUUAGACUAAGAAGAAGACUGUAAUUUAGAUCCUUGAAGGCUUUGUUUGGAAUUAUCCUUCCCGCAUGCCUUUUAAAACUCCCUGCUCAUGUAGAUGUACCUUAUGCUUUAAAGGUUUCUCUGAUACAAAGGUUUAGUAUCAAAUAAUUUUUUAAAUUCUUGGUAUGUGUGAUGUUGGGUUUAGCAUCAUGUGUUCAGAGUGUUCUCAAUAAGAGAGAAAGUAAUCCAUCCCUAGUCUAAAGGGUGGUUCUUUGUUUACCUGAAGAAAAAAGUAUAAGAAUACAAUUUGCUUUUCUGAAGACUCUUUUUUUCCUUAUUUUUUUUCUUACAUGUAACUUGAUGUUUUUUAUUUUUUAAUCCCAUCUUGAUUAAAAUGUAUCUGUCUAAAGAGAUCUACUAAUAUUUGCUUUUUAAAAGCUGUCCUCUAUUUAUUUAGGGAAAAAAAUGAAGCCGGUAACUGAAUUAUAUGUAAAAAUAAAAUUUAGACCUGUGGGUCGGGAGUUAUUUUAAAAAAUUAGCUAUCAAUCUGGCAUCAGAAAAUGGUGGCUUUUCUCUUAGUAUAUAAAUAAAUAAGAUGCAAAGUAAGAAUGUAAGCAGUUGUGAUUCAUUACAAGCAGUUGGAGGUAACUAACUCCUAGGGAUAACCAUUUGUAUCCUAUUCCAAAGUCUUAUUUUAUAGUUUGAAAAGCACUUUGCACACAGUUCUUGUAUAUACAAGUAAAGACGUAAUUAUAGGAUGUAGUGUUACUGCUUUGUUUAACAAGAACCUCAUUUAAAAUUGACAGCUAUGGUAUUUUUUUAAU